CAGCUUGCUUCCUUUCAUAGAACGCGUACUCUUACAAAGUGGCAUGAUCCUACUAAAACUGUGUAGACCUACCGGUGUUCUUUUUUUGAUCUUAUCCUUCAGUGAUCUUAUCCUUACUCAGUUGCCGAGCUUUGAGUCCAAAACAGCCGAGGCUUACACGCCACUAAUGGUCGCGGCUUUGAAUGGCAAAUUACACGCAGUGAAAUGGUUUCUUGAGAAGGGGGCAUAUGUAACCUGUGUUAAUAACAGAAGAUGGAGUAUGUUACAUAUUGCCGCACGGGGUGGAGACACUGACAUCAUUGAUCUUAUCCUUACUCACUUGCCGAACAUUGAGUCCAAAACAGCCAAGGGUUUCACGCCACUAGUGGUGGCGGCUUUCACCGCCAAAUUAUACGCAGUCAAAUGGUUUCUUGAGAAGGGGGAAAAUGUAACCUGUGUUCAUAACGAUAGAUGGAAUAUGUUACAUUCUGCCGCACAGGGUGGAGACACUGACGUCAUUGGUCUUAUCCUUACUCACUUGCCGAACAUUGAGUCCAAAACAGCCGAGGGUUACACUCCACUAAUGGUGGCGGCUUUCAACGGCAAAUUACCCGCAGUGAAAUGGUUUCUUGUGAAGGGGGCAAAUUUAACCUGUGUUGAUAACAGAAGAUGGAAUAUGAUACAUUUUUCUGCACAGGGUGGAGACACUGACGUCAUUGAUCUUAUCCUUAUUCACGUGUCGGACAUUGUGUCCAAAAGAGUCAAGGGUUACACGCCACUAAUAGUGGCGUCUUUGAAUGGCAAAUUACAUGCACGCAGUGAGAUGCUUUCUUGAGAAGGGGGCAAAUAUAACCUGUGUUGAUAACGAUAGAUGGAAUAUGUUACAGUCUGCCACACGGGGUGGAGACACUAAUGUCAUUGAUCUUAUCCUU